AUGUGGCUACCAACUUCUGCUAUCUAUCUGGCUAUCGCCUGUCUUGUUGCACAAGCAGAAGCUGCCGCAGAAACAUGUGAACACGGAACAGGAUUUCUCGUUAUGGAGAAUACGGUAUUAGAUUCUGUUAACUCUAUCACAUAUGAAGACUUAACCGAAGAUGAAUGUGUCAAAGUGUGCUCUGAUAACAGAGAUAAAUUUGGUCGUGAAGUUGCGUGCUCAUCAACACAUUACAAUCAUGCCACCUUCGCAUGUACUAUUUAUACCGAAAAAUCAUCCCCCGCUGGUACUGCUCAAAGAGCUGUCACAACUGGUAGCAAAUACUUUGAGAAAUUCUGUUUUGAAGAAAAGACUUCACUUGCUUGUCAAAAUGGAAUGUUCAUCCGUAUUGACGACUAUGUACUUGCUGGUUUUGCUAUUGAGGUUUCUCUCCAUGAUACAAUUGAGGGAUGUGUUACUCAUUGUGUUUCUAACAGCACAUGCAAGUCUGCCAUGUAUUUCUAUGAAGAGAAAGAAUGUAUCAUCAAUACUGAGACAGCCUUGUCUUAUCCAGAUAGCUUCCGCAAAGAAGAAAAUGACAAAGUCAUCUAUUUCCAAAACUCAUGCACAGAUAAUGUGAGACAAGAAGAAUCUUUCAAUGGACAAAUUGAUGCUGACACAGUUUUAUCAAAUGAAACACCAGAAGGAUCCGGAUUCGAGAGUGAAGAAGACGAAUCAUUUGAAGUAAGCAAUGAAAAAGAAAGAGAAGGAGAAGGAGAAGAUGAGAUUGAAAACGAAGACGUCACCUUAUCAGACAGAGAUCAACUUGAAAGUGAAAUCGCUGAAGUUUUCGAGACCACACAAAAAACCAUUGAAGAGAACCAAGAAACAACUGGAAAUCUUGUUAACGAAGACGUUGACGAAUCCGUCGAAACCAGUGACAGCUCUUUCGAACCUGAAUCUGAACUUGUCGAACGUCCAAAGAAGAAGUAUGCUGUUGAAAACGCUAUUCGUAUCAAGUACAGAAAGCACCCAAAGAGCUUUGCUGCCCAAACCGAGCAGUUCUCUAACGAAAUCAUCGAGAAGAAAUUAAAGAAGAACAGCCUUAAGGGUAAGGAAAAGAAACCAAUCGAAACUUUCGUAGAACCAAUCAGCGCCGAAUUAGAGAAAAUCGAAGAGCCAGUAUCAUACUUCACCGAGUGGUCUGAUUGGACUAUGUGUACCAAGAUGGGAGAACGCCAAUUGCGUCGUAGACAAUGUACUAACUUGAAGAAAUGCGUCGGACCUCUCAUGGAGUUCCGCAGUUGCGAACAAGUAACUGUUCCAGAAAAGAAAGAAGUUAACAAGCCAAUUCAAUCAGUCAGAAGCCUGGUAGGAGUCGGAUCAAACCAGUUCGUUGAUUCUCAUCCAAUUGCUGAAGUCAUUGAGAACCCCAACGGAACCAACAGUUUCUGGGGACCAUGGUUAGGACAAUGCCAGGAAUUCGCCUCUGCUCAACCUUGUAACAAUGGUAAGAUGAUUGGAUUUGAAUCUCGCGAAUGUAUCGCCGAAGAUCCCGCUCAAUGUGUUGGACCUUUCUUCCGUUAUUGUAAUAUUAUGUGUUAA